UUCACUCAGUUCACUGUGAUCGAGAUAAAGCAGCAAAGAUUCAAAGCCCAAGUUCUCCUGGAAGGAAAUGCCACUACCUCUGUUUCUGUUCUGCCUGAUUUCAGGAAAUGUCGGUUACAGUACAUCAGUUCAGAAUUCAACCGUACAUCAGUUAAUGGAGGCUCUACUGUGGGACUAUGACAAAGGAGUCCGACCAGUUAAAGACUGGACCCAGCCCACAACCAUUUAUAUUGACUUCAUUCUUCAUGCUGUGCUAGAUGUGGAUGGUCAAAACCAAAAACUGACGACAAGUGUCUGGUACCGACAGCUAUGGAUGGACGAGCACCUGGUAUGGAAUGCAUCAAAUUUUGAUGGGAUCAAUGAAAUUUCUCUGCCUGUUGACGCAAUCUGGAUCCCUGACAUAAUCAUUCAAGAAUUUAUCGAUGUCGGCAAAUCACCUUAUUUGCCCUAUGUAUACGUGAAUGCCUCUGGUGCUGUUAAAAACUACAAGCCAAUGCAGGUUGUCUCUGCCUGCAACCUGGACAUCUAUGCCUUUCCGUUUGACAAACAGAACUGCACCUUCACGUUCUGCAGCUGGCUGCACACAGUAAAUGAUGUCACCCUCAAGUUUUGGAGAAGUUUUGAUGAGAUUGAGAAUGAUACUAGGGCAUUUUUAGGUGACGGUGAGUGGGAGCUCCUCUCUGUCCCUUCCAAAUAUGAAAGGAUACACGACAAAGGCAAAGAUUAUGCGCAAAUUCAGUUUAAUAUUGUAAUAAGACGAAGACCUCUGCUUUAUGUAGUCAGUCUGUUGUUGCCCAGCAUAUUUCUGAUGCUGGUAGAUGUGACCAGCUACUUCCUGCCUCCAAGCAGCAGUGGCAGAAUAACUUUCAAAUCCAGCAUCCUGCUUGGAUACACGGUGUUCCGAAUGAACCUAGACGAUGAACUACCCAUUACUGCUCUGCGCACCCCACUCAUUGGAGUGUUCUUCGCCGUCUGUAUAGCUCUGCUUGUGAUCAGUUUAGCUGAAUCAAUCCUCAUAGUACAGCUCCUGAAUGUGAACAGGGAGGCAGAACCAGAGAGCUCGGUCUCAAUGGACAGCUCUACAAAGCAGAGCACCACUGACAGUCUGUGCGCAUCUCUGAAGGUGAAAGAGGAAACCUGUGACGAUGGAGUUUCUGAGAGUGACCCUCAACAAGAGGAAGAGAAAUUUCUCAACAAAGAUGCCCAAGACUACCUGACCCAGAGGUUACCAAUGAAAAAGAUACAAGAGGAGAUAUCUUCAAUCAAACUCUGCCUUCACCAGCUAGAUGGCGCCAGCAACCACAAGAAUGAAUGGUUGGCGUUCUGUUACAGAUUGGAUCGGGUCCUCUUCCUUGUAUAUUUGGUGACCUUUGGGGUUUAUACCGUUACCAUGACCACCCUCUGGCUGAUGUGGAGUUACCCUUAGCAUUGUACUAUCAGGUUACUCUUAACACCCACAAUGCCCCACCCCAAACCUUUUAGUAAAACUUGGGCUGUCUCUGGUUUAGGAAAUUAAAAUAGCUUAGUGAACUAGAUCAGUAGAUUUUUCUCCCCAACAAGAUGGUAUCAAGUCUAAGAUUUGCUCUGAAAAUAAGGAACAUGUUUGUACCCUUUUGGGGAUCAAUCAGAAUGGUACAACACGCUGAAUAUUUUUCUGCAGUGUUAAACAAUAAUAUUGCUUCUUCAUUGUCAUCUGUGAAGUCCAUUUGCUGUCCCUCAUAGAUGUUCCUAACUCCAGUACUUCUCAGCCAUGGAACACAAACAAAUUCUCCCAAAUUUAAAACAUUACAGGCUGUGCAAGCAGCCCCUAAGUUUAGAUCCCUGACACCUAAACUGGCUAAAUUUUGCAGCAUAUAAUCUGCAUUGUUUUUUCGUUCAACUGUCUUCUAUUUAAGCAGUUAACCAUAUUAUCAUGGAAAAAUCCCUAAAUGCUUUCCAAGCUAUGACAGAACAUUUAGCAUGUUGAGAUAAUCAUUUAUUGAAUGCCAUAACAUUGCCGAGUAUGAAAUAGGAUGCUUCUAGAAGAGUUUCAUAUUCAAAUCAAAUAAAUUCAAAGCUACUUAGGAAGUUUUUUCCACUAUUAUCUUCUUAAAAAUGGUUCUGAUUCUGAAUGAAAAUAAAUACAAACCCUGUAAAUUCACUAUGAUCUUGAUAAUAUAUUAAUUAAGAAGAGUUGACUGUCUUAACCCAUGAUAUUUUUGGUCAUUUCUAUUGAAUGUCAGAAUGCAAAUUAACCAAAAUGCCACACUUUACCCUAACAUAGAGUGUUCCAAUAAACUUUCUACUGAAGUCAAGCACAUGAAACAAGUGCCCAAUUUGCUUAUCUCAGUUUGCCAAUGAUGGAUUAUCAGAAAACUUGGAUUUUUGUGGUAGCUAAGUGAAAUGUUACGAAGUGUUUUUUUACAGUGAUCUCAAUUGACAUUGAGUCUGUAAUAUGUAUCUGUGAUCAAAAGCUUGGUCAAAAUGGCAGACUUCCAAAAUCUUAAAAGAGGUGAAAAAUGGUGUGAAUUUUGGAGUGAAGUGCUCGACCUUAAGUUUGAAAUACAUGAAAAUACAGUUGCCUAUUGUUAGAUUAACAUUACUCCCAAAAUGCUUUACCAUUCUGUUUUUAAUUAGAGUCUGCAUCAAUAUAACACUGAAAGAUGUAGCUAAUAAUAAUGUCCAGGUGACUAUCAAUCCAUAGGAAUAUCCAGUUUGGAGAGACUACUCUGUUGGGACACUUUGGUACAUUGUGUUAUCGAGUGUAUUAGACAUAGAGUAAAUAAACAGUUAAUGUUCAAUAAUCACUCAGUAGAAUGUCACAGCUAAAACAUCACUAAACAUCCUGAGACAGUUCAUGAGAGUGUUACUACAAAAGUUAUGACUCUAAGCCACAAAAGCAUUGCCAAAGAGCUGAAUUUUUGAAAGUGUAUUCACUAGGAAAUGGAUUAAUAGAGGAAGAGGAAAGGAACAGCAUAACUUUUGAAAUCAGACUUGGGUAACUCCAAUAGAGAAUCUUUUUUUUUUGUAAUUUGUUUGAGUCAGAACCUUAGAGUAAACAGUAUUUUUUAGAAUCUCAGAUGUGAGCAAUUCAAUGGAAUUUCUCCCUGUUGGGUACUAAAGAA